AUGGACAGCUUGGUCAGGUCCCUGCUGCUCCUUCUACUGCCUGUCUUGGUGCUGAGUGAAGAUCUGCCAGAGAGCUGGCAGCCAGGAAACUACACAAACAGCACCUCUGAUGCACUCAGGUUCCUCAGCGACUACAACAGCACUGCUGAGGAGGUGUUGUUCUACACCGCGUCCGCCAUCUGGAACUACGACACUAACAUAACAAAAUACAACUCCAAGCUUCAGGUCAAAGCAGAACUUAAAGGACAAGCCUUUAUUCAAGCCUGGGGAGUCAAGGCCAAGGAGAUCUUUACUGAAAAAUUUCUGGACUCUCUUCCAAACCCUAAAGAUAAAAGGCUGAUGAGUGGAAUCAAGGUGCUGGGUACUGCCAACCUCCCACAGGCUGAAAGAGAAGAGUUCAACACCAUCCUCAGCAUCAUGGAAGGUAUUUUUGCCACAGCUAAGGUACACCCUGAGCCAAACAUCAGCUGGAGCCUGAAUCCUGAUCUCACAGAAGUCAUGGCUAAAAACAGAAGCUACAAGCAGUUGCUGUUUGCUUGGGAAGGCUGGCACAAUGCAGCAGGUGUGCCUUUGAAACAGUAUUACCCAAGAUAUGUGGAGCUCAUCAACAAAGCUGCACAAGCUGAUGGAUAUGAAGACACUGGAGCAGUUUGGCGCUCUUGGUUUGAAAGUGAAACUUUUGAGCAGGAUAUAGAGAAACUCUUCAAGACCAUCAAGCCACUCUACCUGAACCUGCACGCCUUUGUGCGUCGCCAUCUCUACAAUUUCUAUGGCCCCAAGUAUAUCAAUCUAAAAGGACCAAUCCCUGCCCAUCUGUUGGGAAAUAUGUGGGCCCAGAAUUGGAAUAACAUUUAUGAUAUGAUGAUACCAUUUCCUAAAAAACCCAACCUGGAUGUGACAAAUGAAAUGGUCAAACAAGGCUACAAUGCCACGCGCAUGUUCCGUGUAGCUGAAAAGUUCUUCACAUCUUUGGGUUUUGAGGAGGUGCCAAGAGAGUUCUGGGAAAAAUCUAUCUUUGUUAAGCCUAAGGACCGAGAAGUUGUGUGUCAAGCAUCUGCUUGGGAUUUUGGGAACCGCAAAGAUUUCAGGGUUUUGCAGUGCACAAAAGUGACGAUGGAACAGCUCAUCACUGUUCAUCGUCUAAUGGGAGACAUCCAGUAUUUCCUACAAUACAAGGACCAACAUGUGGGCUUCCGUGACGGAGCCAACCCUGGUUUCCAUGAAGCUAUUGGUGACCUUAUGGCUCUUUCAGUUUCCACACCAAACCAUCUACACAAAAUCAACCUGCUGGAGUCUGCAGCAUCCGAUACUGAAACUGAUUUUAACUACUUAUUGAAGAUGGCUCUGGAGACAAUAGCUUUUCUUCCUUUUGGCUACCUCAUUGACCUCUGGAGAUGGAGUGUGUUCAGUGGAAUCACCACUCCAGACAAUUACAACUCUGAUUGGUGGCACCUCAGAACAAAAUACCAAGGAAUUUGUCCACCCAUCAAACGUACAGAGGAGCAUUUUGAUCCUGGUGCAAAAUAUCAUAUCCCUGGCAAUUAUCCAUACAUCAGCUAUUUUGUCAGCUUCAUUCUGCAAUUCCAGUUUCAUGAGAAACUGUGUCAGGCUGCCAACCACACAGGUCCCCUGCACACAUGUGACAUCUACCAAUCUGCAGAAGCAGGAACCAUUCUAAAGCAAGUUCUUCAGGCUGGCUCUUCCAAACCUUGGCCUGAUGUGCUUCAAGAUGCUAUAGGCACCAGGGAGAUGAAUGCCAGCUCACUGAUUAAGUAUUUUGAACCUGUAACUAAGUGGCUGGAGGAACAAAAUGUGAAUGAGACCUUGGGAUGGCCUGAAUUUGCUUGGGUUCCACCAAUUCCUGAAGGCUACCCUGAAGAUAUUGCAGAUAUGGUAAACAGCACCUCUGAUGCACUCAGGUUCCUCAGUGACUACAACAGCACUGCUGAGGAGGUGUUGUUCUACAGCGUGUCUGCCAGCUGGAACUACGACACUAACAUAACAGAAUACAACUCCAAGCUUCAGGUCAAAGCAGAACUUGAAGAAGAAGCAUUUACUGAAGCCUGGGGAGUCAAAGCCAAGGAGACCUUUUCAGAUAAGUUUCUGGACUCUCUUCCAAACCCUAAAGACAAAAGGCUGAUGAGUGGAAUCAAGGUGCUGGGUGCUGCCAACCUCCCACAGGCUGAAAGAGAAGAGUUCAACACCAUCCUCAGCACCAUGGAAGGUAUUUAUUCUACAGCUAAGGUACACCCUGAGCCAAACAUCAGCUGGAGCAUGGACCCUGAUCUCACAGGAAUCAUGGCUAGAAACAGAAGCUACAAGCAGUUGCUGUUUGCUUGGGAAGGCUGGCACAAUGCAGCAGGUGUGCCUUUGAAAAAGUAUUACCCAAGAUUUGUGGAGCUCAGCAACAAAGCUGCACAAGCUGAUGGAUAUGAAGACACUGGAGCAUAUUGGCGCUCUUGGUAUGAAAGUGAAACUUUUGGACAGGAUAUAGAGAAACUCUUCAAGACCAUCAAGCCACUCUACCUGAACCUGCACGCCUUUGUGCGCCGUCAGCUCUACAACUUCUAUGGCCCCAAGUAUAUCAAUCUAAAAGGACCAAUCCCUGCCCACCUGUUGGGAAAUAUGUGGGCCCAGACUUGGAAUAACAUUUAUGAUAUGAUGAUACCAUUUCCUAAAAAACCCAACCUGGAUGUGACAAAUGAAAUGGUCAAACAAGGCUACAACGCAUCUCGCAUGUUCCAUGUGGCUGAAGAGUUUUUCACAUCUUUGGGUUUAGAGGCGAUGCCCAGAGAGUUCUGGGAAAAAUCGAUCCUUGUUAAGCCUAAAGACAGAGAGGUUGUGUGUCAAGGAUCUGCUUGGGAUUUUGGAAACCACAAAGAUUUCAGGAUUUUACAAUGCACCACAGUGACGAUGGAACAGCUCUUGACUGUUCAUCGUAAUAUGGGAGUCAUAGAGUAUUUCCUGCAGUACAAGGACCAGCCUGCGGGCUUCCGUAGCGGAGCCAACCCUGGUUUCCUUCAAGCUAUUGGUAACACUAUAGCUCUUUCAGUUUCCACACCAAACCAUCUGCACAAAAUCAACCUGCUGGAGUCUGCAGCAUCUGAUGCUGAAACUGAUCUUAACUUCUUAUUGAAGAUGGCUCUAGAGGAGAUAGCUUUUCUUCCUUUUGGCUACCUCAUUGACCACUGGAGAUGGAAUGUGUUCAGUGGAAGCACAACUCCAGACAAUUACAACUCCGAUUGGUGGCAUCUAAGAACAAAAUACCAAGGAAUUUGUCCACCAAUCAGACGUACAGAGGAGCAGUUUGAUCCUGGUGCAAAAUAUCAUAUCCCUGGCAAUUAUCCAUACAUCAGCUAUUUUGUCAGCUUCAUUCUGGAAUUCCAGUUUCAUGAGAAACUGUGCCAGGCUGCCAACCACACAGGUCCCCUGCACACAUGUGACAUCUACCAAUCUGCAGAAGCAGGAGCCAUUCUAAAGAAACUUCUUCAGUCUGGCUCUUCCAGACCUUGGCCUGAUGUGCUUCAAGAUGCUAUAGGCACCAGGGAGAUGAAUGCCAACUCACUGAUGAAAUACUUUGAACCUGUAACUAAGUGGCUGGAGAAACAAAAUGUGAAUGAAACUCUGGGAUGGCCUGAAUAUGCUUGGGUUCCACCAAUUCCUGAAGGCUACCCUCAAGCUUGAUUCAAGGCAACUUCUGGAAGAGCACAGCUGAAGUGGUGUGGAGUGCAUACACAACCUCCUGGACAUAAAGACGCUAUGGUGAUGGUUCUCAAACGGCUUCAUAAAAGGCUUCAUCAUUAAUCUCAUCUGAACAAAUUUUGAAU